UUUGUGUGGCAGUGGCCUUCUGCUCUGCAUCUGGCUUCUGCUCGCUACAGUAUUUUCGGACGAAAAGUCGAUCGAAUGCCCUUCAAUUUAUAACUUGGUGUGAAGUAUUUGUAUUCAAGGUGAGAGGUGACCGACCGAGCCACAAUGUACCCUAGUUCUGGCAGCGGAAGCGGCGGAAAAUCCACCCAAAACGCAUUCCGCAACGACGGCAGCUUCCUGGAGAUGUUCAAGCGGAUGCAGGAGGCGACUGCGACCGCGUCGACGUCUUCCGAAAGCGCAGCGUCAGCGAAACCGUCGGUCAGUGACGUCGCGACGGAGGACAGUAAGUCGGUGGAAAGUGAAGGUAAAAAGGCGGCCAAACCGCCGAUGGUGGGGAAACGGCGUGGAGGACGUGUCCUGCCCACUGGUCAGGUGAAAAAGGUGAAACAGGACAAGCCCGAGCUGGGUGAGGAUAAACCUAAGGAUGCUUGGUCCCAGUACCUCGCCGAGGUCAAGAAGUAUCGGGAGACCACGUGUGAGGAAGAGGGUAAGACGAGGCCGCUCGUCAAGUAGACUCGUAUUACCACAAAAUUUGUUACCAACUUUUGGUGUUACUGUACCUCAAAAGUUGAUUGUUAACUAGUGAACAAUAAUAAUAUUUAUGAACUGAUGUUCCAAGUAUGAGAGUGUCUAGUGAACAAAAACUGAUAAUAUUUUGGACAUUAUGUUGUUCCAAUUAUAAAAGUAAAACUAGUGAACAUGCAUGAACUGAUGCUGUUAGAGUACAAGUGAUCUUCAAUUGAAUUUAGUAUGGCCAAUGCAGCAAUUAUCUUAGCCCUGUAAUUUAUCGUACUGCUCUUCAAGUGUUGAAAUGUAUAUCAGUUCUUGUGAUAUAUCAGCUCUCAAGUAGAAUGAUAGUUGAUGAUUAGUCAAGCUGGAUUCUCUCAAAUCAAUGUACACGUGUCAGAUACAAAGAGAAUAUUAUUACAUGAACUUCAAAUAUGACUAUUCUUAGUCCUAUGCGGCUAUGUGUGAACAGUCCUAUUUGAAGUCAAGGGAAUUAUAUUUUAGCUGUACAGGUCAGUUACUCUGAUACACUGGUAUGUGGGAACCCAUCUUAAUGAUGUGAUAGCUAAUGAUGAUUAGUGAUAUUUCAAACUGUAAGCAUCGGUCGAGUGCUUCCCACUCUACUAAUGCUAAUAAAAGUCAAUCUUACUGUAGCUAUUUAUCACACUAAUUUCAAGAAUAGAUUCUCAAGUGAUAUGUAGCUUAGGAACUUAACCAUAAAAACCCAGUAAUUUAUUCACUUAUUUCAAGAACUGUUUUCCAAGUGAUGUGAUAUCUUUUUUUUGUGUAGUUGAGAAGUUGAUAUUGUGGUAAUUAUUCAUAUUGAAUGAAAAAGACUAAGAAAUUAUCAAAAAACCACUGAUUUAUUGAUAAUUAGAAAGACCGGUUUCGGUUAGUAUAAACUGAGUUUAUCAGAGAUUGACAAUGGUGUAAUAACCGAAACCGGUCUUUCUCUAAUUAUCAAUAAAUCAGUGUUUUUUUGACAAUUUCUUAGUCUUUUUCAUUCGAUGUGAUAUCUAUUGAUGUGUAACCAGUUAUCAAAUCACUGACUUCUAGAACCGUUAUUCAAGUAAUGUGAUAUCUAAUGUCAGUUCUUGUUAUAUGAUAAGAUUUCUCAAGUAAUAUGUUGAAAAAUAUGAUUAGUAAAUGAUUAGAUAUCCCCAGCUAUUUGACCAACUGAUUUAAAGAACUAUUAAUCAAGUUAAGUUAUUGCUUUUGAUGAAUAUUAAUUAGGCCUAGUGCAUGAUUAUCUUAUCCCAGUUGCCAAUUGCACUGAUUUCAAGAGCUGAUAUUUAAGUUAUAUGAUUUCUAAUGUCAGUCCUUCUGAUAUUGAUUUCAAGAACUGAUAAUCCAGUUAUAUUAUUGCUAAUUAUGAAUAUUAAUUAGUGCAUGAUUAAUUUAAUACCGUUCUUAAUUGCACUGAUUUUAAGAGCUGAUAUUCAAGUUCUAUUAUUUCUAAUGACAGUCCUCGUGAUAUUAUAUCAGUUCUCAAAUAAUAUUUAUUUAUUCAAUCGUUCAGAAUUAUACAACUUACAGAAAAGUACCACAGGCUAACUUACGCCCAAAACGGUUCCAAUUCUAAUUUAUACAACAGUCCAAAUGUAGCUAGAAAUAGUGACACAUAAUCUCUAGGUACAGCUACAUUUGGACUGUAUAGAUUGGAAUUUGAACCGUUCUGGGCGUAAGUUAGCUAAAUGAAAAAUGUCAUUAUGUUAGUAAAUUAUGAGCUAAACCUAGUUAUUUACACUGAUUUCAAUACAGACUCAUUUCAUUUUGCCCUCUUGUGAUGAUUUGCCACUACAUUAUUGAGAAAAAUAUUGAAAAUGUACUACUGUGCAGAAGGAGUUGUGAAAAACUAACAUCAAUGCAACGCAUUAUCAUUCAAAACUCGAACCAUUCUCAUCGUUUUCAAAUAAAUUCAGUCUGAACUCAAGUGAUGAUCUACUGCUAUGCUGUUGUAAGUUAUCUGUAAAACAUCAACACCAGUAGAAAUCAUGAUAAGCCAUUCUCAGAUUUUUCAUCAAUUACACAUAUUUAAAAACCGAUUUUCGAUUAAUAUGAGAAGGAAAAUGCAUUUCAUAGUCUCAUUCUACUGGGAAAACUUUUCAGCUGCUAGUCAUUGAUUAUGAGUGUUAACCAUACAACUCUAGUUUUGCAAAUAUUUCACUUUAAAAGUGGGAAAACCAGAAAAAUUUAUUUUUAUUAUAAAAUUCAAAACUGUCUAGUUUGGGAAACCGUUCUAAAUUAUUGACCUCACUAACACUUCAGAAAGCCAAUGUUUAAUUUUAACUACAUGAUGAACUUUAAUAUUUUCGUUCUUUGCUCUCUUGUAAAAUGGACUUUGCUAGUUAAUACUCCUAGCCGACUAUAUUCGGGUUUCAAAGCAUGCUUCCUCGAUAUCAAUGUAUUGGUAAGAAUUAGCAGUCUCCAGUUAUCCAUGGAAAUAUUUUUUUUGUGACUCCAGUGAGAAUAUCCAAGUAGUGACCUCCAUUAGACUAGAACGCUAGUGGUUGAACCACCCUCCCGCCAGUGUAAACCCCUUUUGGUUACUCAUUUCUAUCAUAAUGACAGUAGGCUUAUUAUUCAUUUAUUGAUGAAUAUUUGCAAUAUUAUCAUUGUAGUUGGUGAACCCCCUUGUGGUUACUUUUUUUCCAUCAUUAAAACAUGUUCCCAUGAUUAUCUAUAUUCUAUUUAUAGAUAAAUAAUUGCAAAUUUAAUUUAUGCGGUUGUCAAUUUAAAGAUAACUUAGUUGAUCAUCACUGAAUUUGACUUGAAAUGGUUCAGGAAGUUUCAUUCUACAUUAGUUGACCAUCAGCAUUGAUUUAACAUUAGCAUAACCAUUAAAUUUAACUAACUUGUGUUAAAGAUUUAUUGAAGAUGAUAUUGUUGUGGUUAUCAAUAUUACACAAAACUCUUGACAUUUCUAAAACCACCCACUUACUAAAAUCACUAGAAAUAUUUUUUGCCAAUCUGUUCUUUAUAAUAGAAGAAAUUUCCUAUAUAGUUAGAAAACUAAUCAAAUGAGAUUCAAAAUGGCAUAACAACCGAAACUAGUUAAUUUUACUCAGCAUAAGUAUUAAAAUUAACUAACUUGUGUUGGUAGGGAAUACGAAAUUGUCUUGGUUAUCCAUAUUAUUAUAUUAAACACAAAUCUUAACAUUUUUGAAAAAAAUGUUCUUCAAAAAAAUCUAUUUCCUUAAAUCACAAGAAAUGUUCUUUUGCUAAGCUAUUCUUUAUAAUAGAAGGAAUUUUCUAUAUAUUAAAAAACUAUUCACAGGAGAUUGAAAAUGGCAUAACAAUCGGGUGUAACAUUAUUAUCAAUCUCAAUUCUAGUUUUUCCAUUAUUCAUUUAUUUAUAUUGAUUUGUAUAGGCCUAAUUAUAAAAUUUGAAAUGGCCCAAAAUACUUAUUAUGUUGAUAACUGUGUAACAACUCUUUCUCAUUAUUUCUAUAAGUGGUUUUGGCAUUAAUCAAGUACUGAAUAAAAGUACUAUAUAUUGUCCGAUCAUAGAUUUACAAUAUUAUUCUAGUUUUUUUAUUCAGUACUGUUGUUGCUGUGGAAAACUACAACAUUUAUUUAUUUAUACAUUGGUAGAAACAUUAUCAUUCUCAACUAUGAAUGAUUAGGGAAGGUACAACAGGCUAAAGCCCAAAACUGCUCCUUUCCCAAAUUUGGAUAGAAAUUGCCCAAAAAUGGUUAUUUUUACCACUUCAUAAGCUUUGUCCACAGACUACCACAGUUUCAUUCAGUUAUUAUGGAUAACUACGACAAUAUCACAUUCACCUUUACUCAGAAAAUAAUAAAGUAUUUUAAAACCAAGUUACAGUUUCAUUCAUUAUGAUGUGAUACAUUUGAAUUUGAACGUACAUGUGUAAACAGUAGUUACAAUGAUAGAGUACUCUAGUGAUUAUUCAAAACUUGAAUGCCUUAGCUAGCAUAACUUCCAUUUCUCAAUGUAUCCAGUGUUGAACAAUAAAUGCAUGCAAUUAUUUCUUGACUGUGAUAAUUCACAGAGUUUUUGAACUUUGCUAUGAAUUCAUAAAUCAAGAAAACUUAUAUCCGCUCAUGUUAGAUUAUCAUCUCCAGGUAUCACUUAAUAUACUACUCAUGUUUAUUUGAAUGUGGCUAUUUUUGAAGAAUUGAUAAGUAGACAAGUAUAAUUAUUACAAUAGGUGUGUCAGAAUUUUUUUUCUCUACUAUCCAAUGUUUCAAGAUAUAUCCAAAGGGAGCUCAAAGCUGAUACAUCAUUUAAUGUCAUGUUCAUUAAUAUAUUAAUUCACAAAAAUACAUAAUACAUCUUUAUAAAAUACAUAAAUCUUGAAUAGCUAGUUUCAAGAUAUAUCCAAAGGGAGCUCAAAGCUGAUACAUCAUUAAUGUCAUGUUCAUUCAUAUAUUAAUUCACAAAAAUACAUAUUAAUUUUCAUCAAAUACAUAAAUCUCAAAUAGCUAAUCUUUUUCACAUUCUUUUUCAGUUUGUUGAGCUAAUUUAUCAAUGUAUUUAAAAGAUGAUGAAUACAUCCAAUUUCCAAGCAUAUUCCCAAGAUUGGAAAUUGAAUUUCAUAAAUUUUGUUAUUUCUGAUAUGUAUUUUAUAUAAUGUUGAUAGUACAUUACAGAUAUAAACUACUGUUAGUUAUAUUUGCCUUAUUAGCAAGUUGGUACUGUUUAGCAUUACGGAAUACCCUGUGUUGGAAAAAUAUAAGUAAUGUAACCUACAUCUCCUAUAUUAACAUAAUUCUUAGAAUGCUAGAAAUCAGAAAUCACUAGAAUUUUUCAUACAAGUUGAUAUUGAGUGAGUUUUCACAGUACAAAUUUUUGAGCUGUAAUUUUACCUAUUCUUCAAAUAUUUAUCAAUAAUACUCACAGUAAUUGUUUUAAAAUUAUGUUAGUAAUGUAGUUUGACCUCCAUUAGAUACUUGGAAUUUCAUCUCUGGCAUCACUGUACAAGAAAAUGUCACUGUACAUGAAUUAUUAUCUUCUCACGUUUUCACAUCUCUCCAAAAAUUCAAGAUGUCUCUUGUAUUCUUGCAUAGCAUUGAAUAUAUUACAUAAAUUGAAAAUAAAAAUAAUUGUUUUGUUUUUUUUUUUUAAUUUAUGUUGACCAGUGGACGUUAGUAACAUAAUUAUUAUUAAUAGCCUACUGGUAAAAUUACACCAAAAAAAUUAAUAGUUCAUUAUCAAUGUCAAGGAAUAAUAUUCUGCGAACCUACCUACUAGUAAUUCAUGAGGCAUACGACAUGUUGUAAAAAUGCAUUAGUGUAUCACUGUUUGAAUUAAUGCUAUCAAUUUAAUAAUUAUAGCUAUUUUCUAUUAUUGUCUUUUUCAAAAUUAAGGUGAGCUGUAUUGUCUAUCAAUGAGUCCAUAUUGAUAUUCGAAUGCUUGAGAUGAAUAUCAAAGAAUAAAUUUUGGUAUUUUGAAUGAUUUAUAAACCAUUAUAUACAAAUAAAUACAAAUAUUUCGCAGUCAGUGUUUUUGACGUACAAAUUAAUUUUGCGGAUGAUAAUGUACAUUUUUCUCAUUAAAAGUCACUAUUGCUCUUGAAGCUUAGUUCAGAAUAAUUUGAUUAAGUCAUUAUUGCCCUCAAAUUUCAAUUUAGAUUAGCUACAUUGAUUUUUUAAACGAAAAAAAUGGUUAGCUUGAAUCAGUUUUUCUGUAUUCUGUUUGUAGAGUCUUGAUUAAGUUAUAUUUUGAGUAAUUUAUUCAAAAUUGCAUGAAAAUGCACUUUUUCUCAUUAAAAGUCACUAUUGCUCUUGAAGCUUAGUUCAGAUUAAUUUGAAGUCAUGUUAAGUUAUUAUAUAAGUUUCAUUAUACAACUAUUUGAAUAGAUAUCUUCAUUUGCAAUCGAGGCUAUGUCCCAUGCAAAGUCACCAUCAUUAUGACAUAAAAGCAGAUAAAAUAUACAAACAAUAUGACAAACAUUAAUUAUUAUGAAAAACCAUAAUUAGUAUAUUACUAUUUAGUGAUGCUCCUAAUUGAUAUUAUAUUUGUACUGUUAUAAUAUUCAAUUAUAUUGUUAUAUUCAUUGGAAUAAGUAAAUUUGUGCAUGGAAAAUAAUAGCUUCCAAAUAUAAAAAACUAAAAUAUUUUAGAUUAGUAUUCAUUUCAAUUUCUUUCAUAAUAAUUCAUUAUUAUUAUAUCAUAUGAAACUCAUUCACUCACAUAAAUGUAUAAUUAGUAUAAUAUGUUUGGUUUAUACUACUUGUCAAUCACUCAAGACUUAAAUACUUCCAUUGUAAUAAUUGAAUGUGUAUAUAACAAGAUUUGUUAAUAUCUAACCAUUAUCUCAAAAAAUAUAUAAUGUUACAUAUUUCUUAUUUGACUUUAAUUAGUGAUAUAAACAUUGUAAUUAUUUAUUGAGAUAUUAAAUUUUGUCAUCUAUUUUGUUGUUCAUAUAUUUUAGUGAACAUCUUAUUGAAUUUAGAUUUUAUGUAGAUUUUGAACCCUUUUAGAGCAUUUAGAUGAGUCAAGCUGUUAGAACAAAAAUGAAAUUAAUUAGAUAUAAUAGAGGCUAUUUUCAAUUGUAAUAUUUCUCUGUAAGCUCUAAAUUCAUAAACUCAAUCGAGUGUGUAAGGAAUCUAUCAUAUUGAAGGAAUUGUUAUGAUUUGUAAAUAGUUGUAUUUUGUUCCAAUAAAGAGAGUUUACUUAUAA